AAAAUAAAGAAAAAAGGAAAAAUAAUUCGGCCUUAAUUCGGACAAAGCCGCCCCCUCUAACCGGCACAUACCCCUACCUUUGCUCAGCAUCGCGCCGCCUCCGCCCACCGCUCUCCGGCAGCCGGAUCGGCCCUGCCACCUCCGUACACGAGCAAUUUCCUCCAUUCUUCACGCAGCGGUUCUAAUCGAUCGUUGAAUGAGGACGCUCGGAGCUAAUUAUCGGCGCUCGUCUUCUUUGGAGGAGCUAAUUUCAACCCGUUGUAUGUAAAGCAUGGAUUGUAGGAAAUAUACAUGUGUUAGCAAUGCACCUUCUAUGAAUGUGGGUACCAUAAGUUUCCCAAGUAAGGCACAUGCUAAACAACAAAUGAUAGAUCAUGAGGAAGCUGCAGAUUGUGCUGCUUCCAUGGAUGUUGAUGUUGACCUCCGUGAAAUUUAUUUUCUGAUUAUGCAUUUUCUAUCUUCUGGGCCAUGCCAAAAAACAUUUCGGCAACUUCAUGAGGAACUUCUGGAGCAUGGGCUCUUACCUAGAAGAUAUCAUGCUUGGUAUUCAAGAAGUAAUGCAGUCUGCAGGGAUGAAAAUGAUGAUGGAAAAUCCUUUCCUUUAAAUUAUGAGAAUUUGAUUGGAAGGUACUCUCACAUAGAAAGGGAUCACUUGGUUAAGCUUCUCAAACAGCUGAUGCUCAUGAUAUCUCCUCCAUUGCGGUGUAUGAUUGGAAAAGUUACUCCAAGGGCUGCAGAUGUGCCAACCCUACUUGGAAGCGAGUCCUUCUCUUUGUUGUCAUGCGAGAAAAACAAAUUAAAUAAGCCAGUGAAGAAUUUACCAUCUUUCCUGCGCUGGCCUCAUAUGCAAGCUGAUCAGGUUCGAGGGCUUAGCUUAAGAGAAAUUGGAGGUGGCUUUUCAAAACAUCAUCGUGCUCCGUCUAUACGUGUUGCAUGCUAUGCCAUUGCUAAACCAUCAUCUAUGGUGCCGAAGAUGCAAAAUAUAAAGAAGUUAAGAGGACACAGGGAUGCUGUGUAUUGUGCAAUAUUUGAUCGCUCUGGUCGCUAUGUGAUUACUGGAUCAGAUGAUCGCUUAGUAAAGGUUUGGUCAAUGGAGACGGCAUUGUGCCUAGCAAGUUGCCGUGGACAUGAAGGAGACAUUACGGAUUUGUCUGUCUGUUCCAACAAUACGUUAGUGGCAUCGGCGUCAAAUGAUUUCACUAUCCGAGUUUGGCGUCUCCCAGAUGGCUGCCCUAUUUCAGUUCUUCGUGGACAUACUGGAGCUGUUACUGCAAUUGCGUUUAGUCCCAGGCCUAAUGCCACUUAUCAUCUCUUAUCGUCAUCUGAUGAUGGAUCAUGCCGGGUUUGGGAUGGUAGAUACUCCAAUACUCGUCCUCGUGUUUACAUCCCAAAGCCUGCAGAUGCUCUUACCGGAGGUAGCAGUUUGCCUCCACCUAGUGCGUUGUUGAGCACUGCUUUACCGUGCCAUCAAAUAUUGUGUUGUGCAUUCAAUGCCAAUGGGACGGUCUUUGUUACGGGGAGCUCUGAUACUUAUGCAAGGGUUUGGAAUGCUUGUAAAACCAGUACAGAUGAUCCUGAUCAAGUUAGUCAUGAAAUUGACAUACUAGCUGGCCAUGAGAAUGAUGUCAACUAUGUCCAGUUCAGUGGCUGUGCUGUGGCUUCGAGAUCUUCUCCAUCUGAUUCCUUCAUCGAGGAAAACAUCCCAAAGUUUAAAAAUUCCUGGUCUAAUCAUGAUAACAUUGUCACUUGUUCACGCGAUGGCAGUGCAAUCAUAUGGGUGCCUAGAUCACGGAGAUCUCAUGGAAAAGCUGGACGUUGGAUCCGGGCAUACCAUCUUAAAGUUCCUCCUCCACCUACGCCUCCCCAACCACCUCGAGGAGGUCCACGCCAGAGAUUGCUUCCAACUCCACGUGGUGUAAAUAUGAUCAUGUGGAGCCUAGACAAUCGUUUUGUACUUGCUGCAAUAAUGGAUAACAGAAUAUGUGUCUGGAAUGCUAGUGAUGGCAGCUUGGUGCACUCUUUGGCUGGUCAUACAGCAUCUACUUAUGUUUUGGAUGUGCAUCCUUUUAAUCCAAGAAUUGCUAUGAGUGCUGGGUAUGACGGCAAAACAAUAUUGUGGGAUAUAUGGGAGGGUACUCCUAUAAGAGUGUAUGAGAUAGGUGGACGCUUCAAGUUGGUUGAUGGGAAGUUUUCACAGGAUGGCACAUCAAUUGUGCUUUCAGAUGAUGUAGGUCAAAUAUAUCUACUGAACACUGGUGAAGGAGAGUCCCAGAAAGAUGCUAAAUAUGAUCAGUUCUUCCUUGGGGAUUACCGCCCACUUGCCCAGGACACUCAUGGCAAUGUUGUUGAUCAGGAGACACAGCUUGUACCAUAUAUGAGGAAUAUUCAAGAUCCCCUAUGUGAUUCAAGCAUGCUUCCAUACCCAGAACCUUACCAAAGUACAUAUCAGCAACGGCGGCAUGGUGCACUGGGAAUUGAGUGGCGUCCUUCAUCCAUUAAAUUUGCUAUCGGCACAGAUAUUGGGAUGGGCCAGGAGUUUCAGAUACUACCUUUACCAGAUUUGGAUGUAGUACUUGAACCACUGCCAGAUUAUGUGGAUGCUAUGUUCUGGGAACCCGAAAAUGAUAUCAUACAUGAUGACAAUGACUCGGAAUACAAUGGCACUGAAGAGAAUUUUAGUGAUGAGCAAACUUGUCCUAGUGAUGGCAACUCUAGUGAUUCAGUUUGUAGUGAAGAAGACAAGAUUAGACGAAACCCAAGAGAUAGUAUGCGCCGAUCAAAAAGGAAAAAGUCUUUUCUUGAAGUUGAGCAUAGAACUGCUUCUGGCAGACGUGUUAAGAAGAGAGUUCCGGAUGAACAAGAGGGUACUUCAUCCAGAAGUAAAAGAUAUAAAAAAUCAAAAAUUUCUCUGAGGACAUCCAGAAGGAAGUCUACCAAGUCAAAGUCAUCGAGACCUCAGAGAGUUGCUGCCCGUAACGCUAUCAACAACUUUUCACAGAUACCAGAAACUACUACAGACGAAGAUGGUGAAGAUGGCUCGGCAGGUGAGACAUCAGAUAGCGAGUCAUCCUUGGAAGGUUUAUCCAUUCAGAGAAAGGAACAAAGUGACAACAUGAUGAAUGUGCAAAGAGAAUACAUGCCAUCUUCAAAUAAGUCUGAAGAAUUAGUCAAACCUUGUCUAGACCACCCUGAUAGCCAGAUCAAUGUCGGAAACAAGAAAAAACUGGUGCUUAAAUUUUCUCUCCACCGUCGUAAGCCACCUACCUUGUCGGGGAACCAUGUUGGCCAACUGGAGAGUGAAACUACUAUUGCAUCUUCAACUUCGAGAGCUUGUGAAAAAAAUCCCAAAGAAGAAAGGGUCAAUGCCAUGGCAGGGAAUCUAGCUUCAUCUUCUGCAAUUGUGGUCGAUAAGGAAUGGUCUGAAAACCAUAAGAGGCAGCCUGAAGAUAAUGCAAAAGCAACAGAAGCUAGUGAGGUGAGUCAUAAUAGGGUGAAUUUGGAAAAGUUCAAAACAGGCACAUCAAACGGAACACAGUUAGGAGAUCUCAUGCCAGUGAAUGCGCCUGCUGUCAGAACUAAUGGAUGCCUGCAAUUUGACAAUGGCUAUGAUGUGUUUAACGGGCAAUUUGGUGCUGCAGAAACAGAUUUGUCUACUUCUGAUCUUCAUGGUUCUAAUAGCCUCACCAUUGAUGCAAAACACACUUCUGAACCUCAAAAUAAAUCCAAAAAGAAACUCACUAUAAUAAAGAUAAAAUCGAAGAAAGUUCCUGGGGACUCUCCUUCCAGACUUCCAGGUUUGAACCGCUCAGAUGGUUCCACAGGUGCUGCAGUUGAGUCAACAUCUAAAAUUGUUGAGGAAGAACCAGCUUUACGAGUGUUAAUGAUGGACAAUGUUUCUGAAGAACCAAACUACACUCCAAAUUCCCAUAUAAAUGGUGAUGGAUUUGAUGAAAGUAAUCCAAAUAUCAGCCCCUAUUAUGAAGAGGCAGAAUAUGUAUCACCGGACUUGGCAACUGAUUCAACUCGUAGAGCUAGAUCCUUGAGGUUGAAAGCUACAUCUGUGGAGAAUGGUCUUGCUAACCAUACUUCAGGGAUUGGUGUCGACUAUCUGCAACCAGGUACAUCAAGAAGUGCAGAAAGAUCCUCCAAGGGAAUCGCUGCAAAUUCCCCAUUAUGGGGAUCCAAACAUGGUGGAAGAUCUAAGUCUUCCAGUAACAAGAGAGAAGGUUAUCACAAGGGAGACACAAGUUCUUCUGUUGAGAAAAACAAGCACCAGAUGCUCAAGAAAACUAACUGGCUGCUGUUGUCGGAGGAGGAGGAGGGAUAUCGCUACAUCCCUCAGCUUGGGGAUGAAGUUGUGUAUUUACGACAGGGCCAUCAAGAGUACCUAGAGCUCAGUCAGACACAACAGCGUGGUCCUUGGCUGAAGUAUAGAGAAGCAGUUAGAGCUGUCGAAAUUUGUGUAGUUGAAGAGCUAAAGUAUGUACCGCGUCCUGGUUCUGGAGAGAGCUGUUGUGAAAUCACGCUCGGUUUUGUGGAUGCAUCAUGCAGUGUAUUUGGCCAAAAAUUUAGUUUGACCCUUCCUGAACUGGACUUUCCAGAUUUUAUUGUUGAAAGGUCACGGUAUGAAGCAGCUGUGGGUAGAAGCUGGACCGCUAGAGAUAAGUGCCUGGUGUGGUGGAGAGAUGAUAUCGGGCAAGGUGGCACUUGGUGGGAAGGUCGCAUUGUUGCUAUCAAGGAUAAAUCUAGUGAUUUCCCUGGAAGCCCAUGGGAAAGAUAUCAUGUCAAGUACAAGAAUGAUGAUGAGCCCCAUCGUCACUGCCCAUGGGAGCUUCACGACCCAGAUAGGUUAUGUGAUUCGCCUAGGAUUUGCUUUGAAAGCAAAGAGAAGAUCCUAAGUUCUCUUACCAAGUUACUGCGGAAAGCUAGUAGAGACAAGGAUAGGUAUGGCAUCAUCAAAUUGAUCGAAGUCGCACAGAAGUCGGAUUUCGUGAACAGGUUUGUUGUUCCAUUAUCUCCCGAGAUUAUCAAGUCAAGGAUAGAAAACAACUAUUAUAGGAGCGCGAAGGCUAUGGAGCACGAUGUUGAGGUGAUGCUAGAAAAUGCUGAAUCUUACUUUCAGAGAAAUCCAGAAAUCAUGAAGAAGAUGAAACGCCUAUCAAAUUGGUUUGCUGAUAUCUUUUCGGACCUGUGACGGUCUGCAUUCUUUCUUAAUUUCGCUUUCGCUUUCUGAAAAAACGCGCAGCUCCAUUUUUUGUUGGUGAAAGAUGCCAUUGUUAUCUGGUGCAUGAGAUGUUAAAAAGAAUUAGUCUUAGUGGUUUAUACAGAGACAUCUUUGAAGGAUUGCAACUGACCACAUUUUCUAACAUAUUUGUAUAAUCAUCAGCUAAUAUCGAACUUUUUAUUAUUGCCUCGUUGUUUAA